UUAUUCAGUUGACUUAUACAUUUAAACGUACUUCCUCCUAAGUUACAGGCCUUGGAAAGUGUCCCCAAACGUCACUCUGAGCUCAAGCACCAACAGAACGCUGAUUGGGCUCUGCUCUGUUUUAGAACCAUGGUGAGCACUCCGGAAACGACAUCUACUGAAGUCCGUCGCGCAAAGAAGAAAGGUCGAAAGGAAAAGGACAAGAAAAAGCGUAAACCUCAGUCAAGUGAAUCCGCGGCACCUUCGACAGAUUCAACGAUAGCAGAGCACUCGCAUGUAUCGGCAGAAGAGCUAUUGACACGACCCGUCGUAGAAUCACCACCGGAAGCAGCAACACCGCCUGCAAAGUCAUCGCCAUCUGCAUCAUCUGUCUCGGACCAUUCUCAACUAGCCACAAAAACACUAUCAGCCAUAUCGCCAGCACGUGUGCAAUCUCCAUCGAGAUCAAAACAACAGGCAGGAUCACCAGGAUUGGCAGAAUCACCCUCAGCAGCAGAGUCUCCGGCACAUUCAGCAAUAAGGUCACUGAAUGCCGAAACAGCUGAACACUCAGCAGUAGCAUCGCAACUCGCAGGAACGCGCAGAUAUUUGGCAACAUCGCUACCAGCGGCAGAACCACCAAAAAUUUCGUCGUUUAGGCUGCGCCACAGAUCACAAGUACCAAAACCAUCGCAGGCUGCGUCCCGUCCAGAAGCCCCCACAGAGCCAUCUGAUAAACCGAAAGUCCCAAAAGCCGACCAACCGGUUGCAGUAAACCAAAAAUCGAAUCUUCGUCGAGUUUGUAUUACUGUGGCCGGAGUCCUCGCAGUCAUCGUUAUCAUAGUCAUUCUGCUCUCUAUCGGGAAAGCGGCUAUCGGCUCCGUCCACGUUCCAGCAAAUAAUACAAGUUGCACAAGCGCUGCCUGUGCUGCUGCCCUCGCUCAGUUCAGGCUCAUGCGCAAUAUAGCGUACGACCCGUGCGACAGCCUCUAUAUGUACGCUUGUAGCGGUUGGUUGAUGAACAAUCCACGUUACUCGACGUAUCAGGGUCAACUGGAAAUGCAAAUUAUUCAAGCAACGGCAGACAGAUUGCAGAACAAACAGCUUGAAUCCAAGGAUACUGAACCUUAUUGGAACGCCGUCAUGUAUUACAGAUCCUGCCUCGAUUUUAUACGGAAGCCCCCACCAACCGGCCUGCUGGUUAACAGAAGCCUAGAACUGCUGGAUCUCAACUUGACAAAAUGGCUUGCACGGAAUGACUCGGUUUCUUUGUUCUUUCUCGUUUUCAACCUGAGCCUUGGCAGCGGGGUGGAUACAUUCUACAAGAUUGAAGUAUGGGUAGACAACAAGGAGCCAGCGAUCACGAUUCGUCCGGGGUGGUCCGCAGGCAUGACGUUAUCACUGAUUAAGAACUCAGACGUACGAGACAGCUACUUGGCCAAUAUAUUGCGCCUGAUAGCACCGAGUUUGCUGACUGACAGCCUGAGAACUGCCUUACUGAAGUAUGACAACUCCCUUACCUCCCUGUAUCCGUGGUUGAAUUCCACGGAGCUAAAGCCACUGGUACAUGGGAGCCUUAUGUCGCUCCAAGACCUUCCUACUAUACCCGGGGUGCUGCAUUGGUUGACAUGGAAGGAUGCGACCAACGAAUACAUCAACUCCUCAAAACGCCUUUCUAACAACUCUUCGGUUGUUGUGUAUGGAAUGGACACGUUGAGAAAGCUCACUCAAAAGUUCUUCGAGCAGGAACCGAAUAACCUCGUCAUAUACAUAUUUAUGCAUGUCCUUACAAACCUUCUGCGAUUUCAGUUCGACAGGAGUCGCCUGGAUUAUAUUCCUUGCAUGCAUUCCACGAGCAACUAUUUCCCGAGUUCCUUGAUCCAUUUCGUGUAUGAUGUUCAUAAUGGAAUGGAGGCCAGCGCUUCUUUCGACACCUUCGUCGAGGGUAUCCGCACCAAGUUAAUCGAGGACGUUUCUUCUUCCUCUUGGAUAGCCCAGACGACGCGUACGGAAGCUGCGGCAAAACUCCGCUCGAUGAAAGUAAUUGUGCUUCGCAAGGAUGUUUACGAAGAGAGUGAUUCGGUGCCACUCAUGAAGACUGACUUUCUGCAGAACUACAUCGCAAUCACCCGCUAUGUACGCACGAAGGGAAAUAACUACGCCCGAGAAAACAUCUUAGAGAGUGAUUUUCGUUACCACUAUUCGGGGAACACGUUGCACAUAGCUAACUUUAUGCUGAUUGAGCCCACGUUUUACAAGCGUGAAGAACUGUUCGUGAACUAUGCCACCGUGGGAGCUAGGAUUGCGGCCGAGAUGUCGCUCGCGCUUUCGAAGAACGGCAGCGUGUAUCGUUCGGAUGGGAAGCAGGAGUUGUGGUGGGAUGAGAAGACUGCGGACGAGUAUCAGAAAGCAGUGUCCUGCUAUGGCGAACAAGUGAACGACAGUCGCUUGGAAAGCGGUCGCCUUUUCGCCACUGCCCGGGGACUCCAUCUCGCUUUGUCCUGGAGUUCGCUCCCAGGCAACGGUGCGGACGUGCUUUUCUUCGGUCGCUACUGCCAACAGUUCUGUCGCGCAGAUUACGGUAGCCAACCGGCCGACCUGCCUGCUCAGCUUCUCUGCGAUUUUGCGGUGAUGAAUGAGCCGAAAUUCUUCGAAGCUUUUCAUUGCGGGAGGCUGUCCAAACUUUUUAAAAACGAUCGUUGCAAGGUCUUAUGACUUGCACUAAUGCGUACAGGAAUUAUUUGGAAAUGUGCCCUAUAAUUUGCCAUUCAAUUUGCACUACGCCUUAAAGUGCGAAGAAGCAUGAUGUCAAAGUGAAAUACGGCUGGGACACGUCAAGCUACAUAACGGCGCUUUUUGU